AUGGCGGGGAGCGAGGUGCAUCAGGCGCUGCAGGCGGCGGCGCUGCCGCUGAGUUUCCUGGUGAUGAGUUCGGUGCUGCCGGUGGUGAAGGUGCUGCUCAUCGCCGCCACCGGGCUCAUCUUCGCGUUGCCCUACUUCGACGUCCUGCACGCCGACGCGCGCAAGAGCCUCAGUAAGCUGGUGUUCACAGUGUUCCUGCCGGCCAUCAUCUUCGUCAACCUGGGCGAAGCCAUCUCCUUUGAAAACCUCCUCAAAUGGUGGUUCAUCCCAGUGAACGUGGUUCUGGCGUCCGUGCUGGGCUGCCUGCUCGGCAUGCUGGUGGCGUGGCUCACUGACUGCCCACCGGAGUUCUUCCGCCUCGUCUUCGUGCUCACAGGCAUUGGCAACAUGGGCAACAUGCCGCUGGUGCUGCUGUCGGCGGUGUGCUCCGAUGCACGCAACCCCUUCGGCGGCCACAACGAGUGCAACAAGCUCGGCACCGCCUACAUCUCCCUCGGCAUGUGGAUGGCGGCCAUAGUGAUGUGGAGCACGGUCUACAACAUCCUGGCGCCCCCCGAGGAGUGGUUACCAGGUUACGUGCGGCCCUUGGACCACUUUGGCAUCGAUCACAAGUACGUGGAUGCGCCCAUGGUGCCGUACCAGGAGGAAGAGGACGACAGCGACACUGACGACGGGGAAACAGACGGGGAGGGGGGCGAGGAGGGGUGGGAGGUGCCGGGUGGGUGGGAGGCGGCGCUGGGUGUGGGCGUGGAGGCCGUGUCGUCACGCCCGCUGGUGCCGGGGGAGGGCAGGCGUGCACACCACCAUGCUGCUGCUGCUGGAAACGGUGCCGCUGAUGGCACUGCUGGGCUGCAUGCACCGCUGCUAGCAGGUGGACCAGCAGCAGCAGAGGGGCGCACAGAGUCAGCAGUGCCGCGGCUGGGCAGUGCGGGGGGCAUGGAGGCAGGGCAGCAGCAGCGCAGUGAGGGGUCGGUGCGAGGCGGGCGUGUGUUUGGCGGUGGCAGCCUUGGCAGCAGCGUGGCUCGCACGGCAUCCCGGUCGCUGCGGAAGGCGUCCGUGGCGCUGCUCGUGCGCGCUCCCAACACGGUGAGCAGCCAUGAGGUGCCGCAGCAGGCAAU